CAGCAUUCACGCUUGAAAUCUUGCUUCUCCACUGUCUGUGCUGGAGCUCUGGACGUUUGAAUCACUAUCCCCCCCCCCCACUCUCAAAUACGAAGCUGACGUAGUGAAGUGCUGUGGUGGUUUCCCAACACACAAGAGAGUUUUCGAAAGGGGUGUGUGUUCUGUUUAGAGACAGGUCUCGCCAGACAAAUUGUUGGCCUCCAUUCAACAGAAUUACGCUAAGCUCGUUCUUCAUAAGGAGGGCAAAAACAACUAAAAAAUGUUCAGCUGGUUGAGCAAAGAUGAAGCCCGCAACAAACAGCCUGAGAUCUACGAUAGUGUUGUCGAAGGACUAAAGAAGAUCUACAAGAGCAAGAUCUUGCCCUUAGAGCAGACUUACUUUUUCCAUGAUUUCCACUCACCUGAACUGAGUGAUCCUGAUUUUGAUGCAAGGCCAAUGAUUCUUCUGGUUGGCCAAUACUCUACUGGCAAAACAACCUUCAUUCGCUACUUAUUAGAAAAAGACUUUCCUGGAAUCCGAAUCGGACCCGAACCAACCACUGAUAGGUUCAUUGCUGUCAUGCACGGUGAUACGGAAGGCGUCAUACCAGGAAACGCCCUUGUUGUCGAUCCCAAAAAACAAUUUCGGCCUCUAUCCAAAUUCGGCAAUGCCUUUCUUAACCGAUUCCAGUGUUCUACGGUCGAUUCCCCGGUCCUGAAAGGUAUUAGCAUCGUUGAUUCGCCUGGAAUCCUUUCGGGCGAAAAGCAGAGGACGGACAGAGGCUACGAAUUUACCGGUGUACUGGAGUGGUUUGCUGAAAGAGUUGAUAGAAUUAUUCUACUUUUCGAUGCCCACAAGUUGGACAUUUCCGAUGAGUUUAGGCGUUCUAUCGAAGCGUUACGAGGACAUGACGAUAAAAUCCGGAUCAUUCUUAAUAAAGCCGAUAUGAUUGAUCAUCAGCAGUUAAUGAGAGUCUACGGUGCUCUUAUGUGGUCUCUCGGUAAAGUGCUAAAUACGCCCGAGGUGGCUCGUGUCUACAUCGGUUCGUUUUGGGAUCAACCUUUACGUUACGACAUGAACAGAAGAUUAUUCGAAGCCGAAGAACAGGACCUGUUUGCGGACUUGCAAUCCCUACCGCGGAAUGCCGCCUUACGAAAACUUAACGAUUUAAUUAAGCGUGCUCGUUUGGCAAAGGUUCAUGCAUAUAUCAUUAGCGCCCUGCGGAAAGAUUUUCCCACCAUGUUUGGAAAAGACGCCAAAAAGAAAGAGCUCAUCAAAAACUUGGGCCAAAUAUACGAACAGAUUCAACGAGAGCACCAAAUAUCACCGGGCGACUUCCCAGACAUCAAGAAAAUGCAGGAACAACUAGUUCAUCAUGAUUUUACGAAGUUUCCCCCUCUAAAGCCACGGCUGUUGGAAGCAGUUGACCGGAUGCUGGCUGAAGAUAUAGCCCGCCUAAUGUCUGUCAUACCACAGGAAUCGGUGAUCAGGGCCGCGGCUGAGCCUAAUGGUUCUGGGAUCAAAGGUGGCGCUUUCGAUGGAGUUAGUGAAAAGGCCAGUCCGUUCGGCUAUUUGAAAGGCGAAGGAAUUGAUGCUGGUGCCGGCGAGCCUGAAUGGAUUGUUAAUAAAGAUCGCUACAAAUCCGACAAUAUCUUUGAUAGUCUCAAUCCAAUCGACGGAAAAGUUACGGGAGCAGCUGCCAAGUCUGAGAUGGUCAAAUCGAAGUUACCAAAUUCAGUUUUAGGUAAAGUUUGGAAGCUAGCUGAUGUCGAUAAGGACGGCAUGCUCGAUUCGGAUGAAUUCGCAUUGGCAAUGCACCUAAUCAACAUCAAACUAGACGGUCACGACAUCCCAGCCGAAUUGCCUGCUCACUUGGUACCGCCUUCGAAAAGGGGUCGCUUUUAAAGCAAAUAAGAAACGUACAAUGAAGCAUCCAAAAAAUCCAUUAGAUUAUCGUACUUCGGGGCGCCUCUCAUCUGUCAACUGACUAGUCAGUUGGAAACUUUCGAUGAGAUUCUUAGAUGAAAUUGUUUUCCUCGGCACAUGGAAUAUGUCUAUGAUAAGAUUGUUUGGUGUUUAAACUCUUGAAAAAUUUAUUUCUUUCUCAUUUGUUUUGUUUUUGUGUGAGCUUGUAUGUGCGCCAAAGAAGUGUCCGAUUCAAAAA